GCCCCGCCCACUCUCCCGCUCAUAAGCCGGAGAAACCCGUCACUCAUCAUCUAAGCAACGCCCAUUCUACCGUUCAUAGGCCGAAGCUCCCGUCACUCAGACACACCCGCCCCUGUGUCCCGCUAUUAGUCGAACCGACCCUUCGCUCAUUCACACACCCUCCUGCCCAUAGCUCGCAGCCCCGCCCAUUCUACCGUUCAUAGGGCGCAGCGUCCAGUCACUCAUCAACAAGCACCGCCCACUCUACCCGCAACUUGUCGGAGUGCCGUCACUCAAUCACCUUCUCUCCCUCCCAUAGGCCGCAGCACAGUCCCCGCCUUCAGCUGCCUCCCGCCCCCCGGCCACUCUAUUCAUCAUUAUCUGCUGCUCACACAGACUAAGCCACCAUGGCGGCGCCCAUAGAGAGCCAGCAACAUGGCGCCUGCCCCAUCUUGAUGCUGUCCUGUGUGUGUAUGACAGCGUGUGUACAGAUCAGGGUUCUGUCUAUGUAGCCUACAGAUCAGUGGCGUGCCAUGAGGUUAUUGGCUGGGAUUACACAGUAGUGAAGAAGACAUCCAAUGAGUGUGAGAUACUCAACAGCCAUCCCCGUGUGUCAGGAGGACUGAGUAGAACCCAGAGCCCCAUCCCAGUGCCUCCACCUCACUUACUGACACAUGAGAGACACAAUGACCAAAAGAUCCUGGAACUCACCAACAAGAUCAUUCAGCUGCUGACUGGAGAGGAGGGGGAGUAUAUAGAGGAACACAGGGGUCUGUACAAGGACGUGAUGAUGGAGAAUCACCGGCCCCUCACAUCACUGGAAGGACCCAGUAACAGAGAUAUCUCAGAGAGAUGCCCCCGUCCUCUGUAUACCCAGGACUGUACAGAGGAGUAUCACAGGAUCCCACAGGGGGAUCAGGGUGAAGCCCAAUUAAAUAAUAUUAAAAUCAAAGAUACAGAGGGAGAAGAAGAGACGUAUGUGACUGAUAUAAAGGCAAAAGACAUAGAUGGAGAAGAAGAGACAUAUGUGACUGAUAUAAAGGCAGAAGAUAUAGAGGGAGAAGAAGAGACGUAUGUGACUGAUAUAAAGGCAGAAGAUAUAGAGGGUGAAGAAGAGACGUAUGUGACUGAUAUAAAGGCAGAAGAUAUAGAAGGAGAAGAGACAUACGUGACUGAUAUAAAGGCAGAAGAUACAGAGGGAGAAGAAGAGACGUAUGUGAGGGGUGAUCAGCAGUGGAAGGAGGAGGAGAUCCCUACAGAUAUAAGCACAGCAGAUGGACACACAAGCAGGAAUCUCUCAGAAGGACAUCUAAUGUUAUCCCCGGAUUGUGACAUAAAAAAUAAUGACAGUAGACAGGAUUCUCCAGGAGAUAACCCCAUUACCCCAAUUAUACAUCCAGCUCUAUCAGCUGAUCCCUCUGAUCCUGGGAAAUGUUCUCCUGAUCACUCUGAUAUUGGUGCAUCUGUUACAGCUCUGAGAGUAGAUACAGUGUUUCCCUGUUCUAUAGAUGCCAAAUGUUUUACACAGAACACAAAGCGUAUUAACCCACACACAGGUAAGGCAGGUGAGAGGCCACUGACAUGUUCUGAGUGUGGGAAAUGUUUUGCACGGAAAUCACAUCUUGUUUUACAUCAGAGAAGUCACACAGGUGAGAAGCCAUUUUCUUGCUCUGAGUGUGGGAAAUAUUUUAGAUGGAAAUCACAACUUGUUACACAUCACAGAAGUCACACAGGUGAGAAGCCAUUUUCUUGCUCUGAAUGCGGGAAAUGUUUUUCCCAGAAAUCACAACUUGUUACACAUCAGCGAAGUCACACAGGUGAGAAGCCAUUUUCUUGCUCUGAGUGUGGGAAAUGUUUUUCCCAGAAAUCACAUCUUGUUAUACAUCAGGGAAGUCACACAGGUGAGAAGCCAUUUUCUUGCUCUGAAUGCGGGAAAUGUUUUUCCCAGAAAUCACCACUUGUUACACAUCACAGAAGUCAUACAGGUGAGAAGCCAUUUUCUUGCUCUGAGUGUGGAAAACAUUGGUUAAAUAAAUCAAAACUUGUUAUACAUCAGAGAAGUCACACAGGUGAGAAGCCAUUUUCCUGCUCUGAAUGCGGGAAAUGUUUUUCCCAGAAAUCACCACUUGUUACACAUCAGCGAAGUCACACAGGUGAGAAGCCAUUUUCUUGCUCUGAGUGUGGGAAACGUUUUACACGGAAAUUAUAUCUUGUUAGACAUCAGAACUCACACAAGUGGGAAUAUAUUUCCAUGUUCUGAGUGUGGGAAAUGUUCUGCACACAAAUCAGAUCUUAGAAACCAUGAGAGAAGUCACACAGGUGAGAAGCCAUUUUCUUGCUCUCAGUGCGGGAAAUGUUUUACACAGAAAUCACAACUUGUUACACAUCACAGAAGUCACACAGGUGAGAAGCCAUUUCCAUGUUCUGAGAAAUAAAACUUGUUGCACACAAUAGACAUCACUCAGGUGAGAAGCCAUUUUAAUCUUCUGGAGUAUACUCAUCAUUGCCAUGAAUUGUUCUUCAAGGUUCUUAUCCUAUCUUCUAUGCUUUUUGCAAUAUAAUGCUACCACAGGGUGAAAUAAUCAGAUGCUAUGUUCUCAUCUACCACUGCUAUACAGAUGACCUGUCUUUUGCUCUGGGUACUGAGAAACCAGUACCAAUCCUAAAUGGUUGUCUAGCUGAGCUCCAGGUGUGGGUGAUGCCAGUUGGCUGUGACUCAGUCCUGGUGAAACAGGUCCAUAUGAUAGAAGCUCACCAAUAAACGGCAGGGCUACAACUCAGCUUUACUACCAACCAGACGCUGCAUAACACCCAUUCUCUGUUCCCACCACCGGCUGCCUGUAAGAUGGUGACUCUAUUACAUAAUCUUACUGACUCUCCCAGCACUACAUGACCAGGGUCCAAGGUACCAGAAGCAGCUUCUGACUCCUUACUGUCCUACUUGCUUCCAUCUGCAGAUGGACUGUUACCAGCAAUACCAAGAAACCCCAAGCAGUGCUGAGAUGUCAGAGGGGAGACAGGGUGGGUGGCACUAUUGCUGUAUCGGUGGCACUGUCUGGGUAAUAUUAUCCCCAAGCAGAGCUGAGGGGGGUACUCAGGGUGGCUGGCAGUAGUGGGGACUGCAGGAGGCAGUGUCUGUGUGAGAAUCUUUUCCUCAAGCACAGUUAAGGUGUCAGAGGGGGAGACAAGGUGGUGGAAGUAGUGGAAAGGAGACAGGGCGGG